AUGGAGCGUAGUUUUAUAUUAAUUUUAAUAAGUUUAAGUUGUAUUGAGUGCUACGGUCAAAGUAAUUAUUAUUUUGAAAAUCAUAAAUAUUGUGAUGACUUAUCUCCUUAUGUUGGUGAAAUUGAUUUAGAUCAGAUAUCCGGCGUCUGGUACGGCGUUGAAAAGAUACCUCACACGAAAGGGGAGUAUAAAAUUGAACACACAAGGGAAUGUUUCCAUAUUGAUAUAAGAGAAGUAUACACCGAGCCGACUCCGCCGACGUCUUACCUACCAACUACGAAUUCUCCAUAUGUUAAUCGUGCUUAUGGUCUUCCCGAGCGAUAUCGGAUCCGGCAUUUCAUCCUCGAAUGGAACGAAGGACUUUGGAGGGAAGAGUACCACAUCAAGGUGAAUACAUCGCAUAAAGGAUUUUGGCCAACGGACGUGCCUAAUGGAUCUGUCGAAAAAAUGUAUCGUUUCUUUGGGGGAGUAAUCCAGGUGUUGAAGGUAGCCAAGAACCAUUUGGUGCUGAAUUUUUGUAUGAGAUUACCCCAUUCGCAGCUGUACAGCGUUGUUCUGGCUAGGAAUGAAAAUCAGCUAACUCCUGAGGAUCUAGCAAAUAUCCAUAAUGUGUUCACCAUGAAACGCUUAUCCACGUCUGCUCUGAAGCGUGUUUGUGAGAAUUCAGCUGUUAAUCUUAAAUUAUCAGGGACUUUAUUUCUAAUUGUUUCGUUUUUAAUUUUAAGAUAUUGCUACUGUUUGUAA